AUGGCCAUAUUUUCAUCCUUAAGUUCGUUCUUUAACAAACAUAAAAGGAAGAUCUUCAUCACGUCAACCGUAGGGGUAUCCGUCUACUACCUAGUAAAUUAUUUUAUCAUCAGAAAAUUCCGGAACUUUCAAAAUUCCUUGACUCAAGAUUUAUUCAUUAAAGAACAAAUAAAGCGAAGAUUCAUUCAGACUCAAAAUGAUUGUUAUUAUACAUUAUUAUCAUUAUUACCCGUGUUGAUUGAUCCUAUCAUAAGCAAUUCACCCAUUGAAUUAAUCACCAAAGCUUUAAAAUUGAAAAAAUCCAAUCAAAAUAACAAAGAAAUCAGUGAUUCAAUGUUAACUACUGACAAUUUGAUCUUACAUUCAACUAAUGAUAAUGAAUUAAACUUAUAUUUAAACAAAUCCAAAUCUGAAUUAUGGAAGUUAUUAAAAGUUAAGACUUUAACUCGUUUCUUAACGUUGAAUUAUUGUAUAAGUUCAUUAUUAUUGUUAACAAGAUUACAAUUGAAUAUUUUAGCUCGAAAAUCUUAUUUACAAAGUGCUAUACAGAUGACCAAUAAUAGUACUAGUCAACAUGAAUUAACAGAAGAAGAAUACUUCAUCGAACAAAGUUAUCUCAGUCUUUCAUGGUGGUUAUUGAAUAAAGGAUGGGAGUCAAUUAAUUUGAAAAUUGAAGCUAUAGUUGAUGAAAAAUUCAAAUUACUUAAUGCCAGAAACGAAUUAACCAUUGAUGAAUUCAAAUAUCUUUUAAGUGAUUGUAUUAAUGAAAUUAAUGAUGAUAAAUUAUUACUUAUAAAUGCCAUAUUUCCAAAUAAUGAUAAUUUGAAUUUAACAUUAUUAAACAUUCAACCCAAUUUGAUCAAUAACUUCAAUCAAUCAUUUGUUAAGUUGAUCAAUGAAACUACUUUGAUUCUCAAUAAUGAUUAUUUCUUAGAGAACUUGAAUGUUUUGGUAUUAACUAAUAUUGAUACUUUAGUUACCAAUUUAUUCAACAAUUUGAAUGAUUCUAAUACUAAAUUAGCCAAUUUAUUAGCUCAAUUAUCCGUUCAAUGUGAACUCCUUUCAAAUAAUAACUUUGAAAAUUUCGAAGAAUUAUCAGGAAAUCAAUAUAUUAAUGAAUUGAAUAAUUUGGAUAGUUUAGAUGACUUCAGUGCUAGUAUUUAUUCUAAUAUUGAAUAG